GCGAUGCUUUUCACCGCCCUCAUCUCCUCACCCGCAUCGCAGCAUUGAAAGCUUGUUCUGGGAGGUCUUCGCGCCAUGUCCAUGUCUAUGUUAAAAGAACCACUCGGACUCUCACAAUCCUCCGCAGCAAUGCCUUCCUUCUCCAUUCUCAGCGCUGGCCUUGUAGCCGCUCUCCUCGUGAGCCAGACCUCUGCGCAUUUCCUCCUCAACUACCCAGAAACCAUUGGAUUCGACGAUGACUCGGAAUCGACAGCCCCUUGCGGCAGCUUCACAGUCGACUUCUCCACAGACAACAUCACCGAGUUCCACGUCGCCGGCGACACUAUUGCUCUCCGCAGCACCCACCCCGACACGAAAUGGCUAUUCCGCGCCACAGUCGGAACAGCAGACUCUGGAAACUGGACUGCGCUCUCACCAGUGAUUCAGCAGAGCAGUCUCGGCAGCUUCUGUAGAAAGGAUAUUACAGUUCCCGAAUCGUUUGUUGGCCAGAAUGGAACGAUUGGCGUUGCGGCGAAUGGCCCAGAUGGUGUCUUAUACCAGUGUGCAGCAGUCUCCUUUGUAGCAGGCGCAGCUACUGGGGUUCCAUCCACGUGCAGCAACUCGUCAGGCGUGACCGGUUCUUAUACCAGCGAUCCUGUCCUUGCAGCCCUAUUGACUACAAGUACAACAACCGAUAACACCACGUCUACAGAGCCUUCCUCAACUUCUGGAACAUCUGCUGCGACUUCCAGCUCGGCUGCGAAUGCGAAUGCGCUGUUGGGUUCCUCAUACUCGGGCCUUGGAUCGCUCAUUUGGGUAGGAGUAAUUGGAUCGGCUACUUUCUUAGCGUGUCUUUUGUAGAGGGAUGACCUGUUUAUCGGAUCUUUGUAAUUAGUACAUAAAAUUUGAAUGCUAGAGGACCAAAAUUGUCAAUAGGGUUUCGUGGGAUGUAAGAUGUAGGAGUUCUGAGAUUCAUAUAUCUUCCGCAUUGCUACAAUCAGCGAAUUGGCUCUACAAAUGAUUCAUAAUACACGACUAG